UUUAUGGGGCCGAGGAGCUUAAACCCUAGAACCAAAAUUAGCCAAUUCAUCUUCCUGAUAAACCCUAGUCCCUGCUUCUUCUUUUUUCCAGAAAAAAACAGACCUGUACGAGAAGAGAGAGAAAUGGGUAGCGAUAGCGAAGUGGAGAAGAGUGCACAAAAGGAGAAGAAGAAGAUUUUUGCUUUAGCUCCUAUUGCCAAACCCCUUGCUGGAAAAAAACUCAACAAACGCAUCUUCAAACUUGUUAGGCGAGCUGCUGAGAAAAAAUGCUUGAAGAGGGGCGUUAAAGAGGUCGUGAAGAGUAUUCGACGAGGACAAAAAGGAGUGUGUGUUAUAGCUGGAAAUAUAUCUCCUAUAGAUGUCAUCACUCAUGUUCCAAUCUUGUGUGAGGAAGCUGAUAUACCAUACAUCUACGUUUCCUCGAAAGAGGAUCUUGCAAAUGCUGGAGCGACCAAGAGACCAACAUGCUGUAUUUUGGUUCAGACAAAGCCUGCCAAAGGGGAACUUAGCCAGGAGGAUCAAGAGAAACUGGAAACAGAUUAUGAUCAAGUUGUAUCAGAAGUUGGUGAAAUGGCAUCCUCGAUGUUCUGAUUAUCAAUAACAUUAUGAUAUUGGUGUUUGUACCUAAUUCCCUAGUACUCAACUUUGGUAAUGGCUCUCUAGUAUUAGUCUUUCCAAGCUGAGCUGCUGCUUUUUUCCAUUACCUGUCUAAAUUCUGGAACAUGAUUCAAAGGUGCUGCUAUGUAUCGAUAUCCAAGUAUUGCUUUGUCAUGUGUGAA